GGAUUCUUCUGCACAAAUCAAGGGAAACACCUACCUCGAAAAGAACUCAAUACGACGUCGAAUACCACCAGUUGACCAUCAUGCCCUUCAUCACCAUAGCUUACAAGCGCCUGCACUACACGGACUAUCCGGCCACGUCCGAUGUGACCAAGGGAACGAUUGUCUGCCAUCACGGCCUGGGCAGCUCCCAGAAUUUCUACACCCCCAUCGUGUCGCGGCUCACCCAGGCUGGCUUCCGCGUGAUCACUUUCGACACUACUGGCGCAGCGCGCUCGCCAUACACUCAAAUAGAGCAGUCUACCAAAUCCCUGGCCGGCGAUGUCCUGGGCCUCGCCGACGCGCUGUCCGUCAAGGGUAAAGUCAUUGCCGUGGGCCAUUCGAUGGGUGGGAUGGUAGUUACGCACCUCGCAGCCGCGCACAAAGAGCGCAUCCAGGCCCUUGUGCUCCUUGGGCCUGUUUAUCCAUCUGAUGGGGUUUCGAAGGUCUUUGAGAAACGCAUCGAUACCGUCGAGAAGGAGGGCAUGGAGGCAAUGGCAAACUCGAUUCCCAUGGCGGCUACGGGCUCCAAGUCGGGGCCUUUGGUCGCGGGAUUCAUCAGAGAGUUGUUGCUGGGCCAGGACAAGUAUGGCUACUUGUCGAAUUGCCGGGUCAUCGCAAAUGCCACGAGGCCGAAGUACGAGGACGUUGAGUGCCCGGUGCUGUUGCUCGCUGGCGAGGAGGACAAGUCGGCACCGCUCGACUCGAGUAAGAAGAUGUUUGAGGAGUUUGGCACUGCGGGCUCAGAAAAGCGUCUUGAGGUCUUGAGUGGCGUUGGCCAUUGGCACUGCAUUGAGGCGCCGGUGGUUGUGGGUGACAGGAUUGUGGAGUUCUUGAGCUGA